AUGGCUACCAACAUCAACAACGCUGCCGCCUGGCUGACCGAAGCUAAAGCACACCCUUUUCAGGUCAAGGAGGCCCCUUCUUACACCCCUGGAGAGAACGAAAUCUUAAUUAAGAAUCACGCUGUGGCUAUCAACCCUGUUGAUGGUAGCCUCCAGUCUAAAGCCUGGUGGCCCAUGAACUAUCCAACCAUCCUCGGCCAGGACGUAGCUGGCGAGACCGUGCAGGUCGGCCCCAACGUCACGCGCUUCCAGCCUGGCGACCGUGUGGUUGGCCACGCUGUCGGCAUGGCGACCAAACGCCUUCAAGACAACGCAUUCCAAGCAUACACUAUUCUUCAAACCAACAUGAUUUCUUACGAAGAUGCUGCCGUGCUUCCUCUUGGACUUUCCACUGCUUCUUCGGGUCUCUUCCAGGAUGAGUUUCUCAAGCUCAAUCUUCCUACAGAACCACGCCAACCGUCCACCGGUGAGGUUCUUCUCAUUUGGGGGGGAUCUGGCAGUGUAGGCAGCAACGCUAUCCAACUGGGCGUUGCAGCUGGAUACGAAGUGAUCACGACGGCCUCUCCCAAGAACUUUGAUUACGUCAAGAAACUCGGUGCCAGCCAGGUCUUUGACUACAACAGUGCGACCGUCGCCGAAGAUAUUGUUGAAGCGCUUCAGGGCAAGACUCUGGCGGGCGCAAUGGACUGCAUUGGAUUUGCUGCCACCCCACUCACUGUCGAGGUGGUCGCCAACUCUCAGGGGUCCAAAUUUGUGUCGACCGUUAAAGGUGGAUUCAACGCCCCCGAAGGAGUCACGCUUAAGAGCGUAUUCGGCACUACGAUUAAGGAUAACCAGGUGGGCAAAGCGAUCUACGAGGAUUACCUUCCUAAGGCUCUGGCCGCGGGAACGUUUAUUCCGGCCCCUAACGCUUUGGUUGCUGGAAAGGGAUUGGAGAGUGUGCAGGCAGCAGUGGAUCUACAGAGUCGCGGGACUUCAGCUCAAAAGGUGGUUGUUUCUCUGUAG